GGGGACAACAACGCAAGCCAACCACAGAAAUCACAUCAAUCAAUUGAUCCAUGAAAAGAACUGGUUUCAGUUUUUCAGCAUUCAGCAUUACUUUUUAAAUAAAACAGUUCACUGAAAAAAAGUAUGUAUGCAGCAGUGGAACAUGGGCCUGUCCUUUGCAGUGACUCCAACAUCCUCUGCCUGUCCUGGAAGGGGCGUGUUCCCAAGAGUGAGAAGGAGAAGCCGGUGUGCCGGAGGCGCUACUAUGAGGAGGGCUGGCUGGCCACGGGCAAUGGCCGGGGCGUUGUUGGGGUGACCUUCACCUCGAGCCACUGCCGCCGGGACAGAAACACACCACAGAGAAUAAACUUCAACCUGCGGGGCCACAAUAGUGAGGUUGUGCUGGUGAGGUGGAAUGAGCCAUACCAGAAGCUGGCCACGUGUGACGCAGAUGGAGGGAUAUUUGUGUGGAUUCAGUACGAAGGGAGGUGGUCUGUGGAAUUGGUCAACGACCGAGGGGCUCAGGUGAGUGAUUUCACGUGGAGCCAUGAUGGGACUCAAGCACUUAUUUCAUACCGAGAUGGGUUUGUCCUGGUUGGUUCUGUCAGCGGACAAAGACACUGGUCAUCUGAGAUCAACUUGGAAAGUCAGAUCACAUGUGGCAUAUGGACUCCUGAUGACCAACAGGUGCUGUUUGGCACAGCUGACGGGCAGGUGAUUGUCAUGGACUGCCACGGCAGGAUGCUCGCCCACGUCCUCCUACACGAGUCUGAUGGCAUCCUCAGCAUGUCCUGGAACUAUCCUGCCUUCCUGGUGGAGGACAGCAGUGAGAGCGACACCGACUCGGACGACUACUCUCCGCCCCAAGACGGUCCCGCAGCGUAUCCCAUCCCGGUGCAGAACAUCAAGCCACUGCUCACCGUCAGCUUCACCUCGGGGGACAUCAGCUUAAUGAACAACUACGAUGACUUGUCUCCUACUGUCGUCCGCUCAGGGCUGAAAGAGGUGGUGGCCCAGUGGUGCACCCAGGGAGACCUCCUGGCUGUCGCUGGUAUGGAACGGCAGACCCAGCUUGGUGACCUCCCCAACGGCCCUCUUCUGAAGAGUGCCAUGGUCAAGUUCUACAAUGUCCGCGGGGAGCACAUCUUUACUCUGGACACGCUUGUGCAACGCCCCAUCGUCUCCAUCUGCUGGGGACACCGGGACUCGCGGCUGCUGAUGGCUUCAGGACCGGCCCUGUACGUGGUGCGUGUGGAGCACCGUGUGUGCAGCCUGCAGCUGCUGUGCCGGCAGGCCGUCGCCAGUGCCCUGCGGGAGGACAAGGACAUCAGCAAGCUGGCCCUGCCCCCCCGCCUCUGCUCCUACCUCUCCACCGCCUUCAUCCCCACCAUCAAGCCCCCAAUUCCAGAUCCCAACAACAUGCGAGACUUUGUCAGCUACCCCUCAGCCGGCAACGAGCGUCUGCACUGCACCAUGAAGCGCACAGAGGACGACCCGGAGGUGGGAGGUCCGUGCUACACCCUCUACCUGGAGUACCUGGGCGGGCUCGUGCCCAUCCUCAAGGGGCGGCGCAUCAGCAAACUGCGGCCAGAGUUCGUCAUCAUGGACCCUCGGACGGAUAGCAAAUCAGAUGAAAUCUACGGAAACAGCUUGAUCUCCUCCAUGCUGGACAGCUGCAACUGCUCGGACUCCAGUGACGUGGAACUGAGUGACGACUGGGCUGCCAAGAAAUCCCCCAAAAUCUCCCGCGCUAGCAAGUCACCCAAACUCCCAAGGAUCAACAUUGAGGCCCGGAAGUCUCCCAAGCUGUCCCGGGCUGCUCAGGAGAUGUCCAGGUCUCCCCGGUUGCCGAUGCGCAAGCCCUCCAUUGGCUCGCCCAGUCUGACACGAAGAGAGUUUCCCUUUGAAGACAUCACUCAGCACAACUAUCUUGCUCAGGUCACGUCUAAUAUCUGGGGAACCAAGUUUAAGAUUGUGGGCUUGGCUGCUUUCCUGCCAACCAACCUCGGUGCAGUAAUCUAUAAAACCAGCCUCCUGCAUCUCCAGCCGCGGCAGAUGACCAUCUAUCUCCCAGAGGUUCGGAAGAUUUCCAUGGACUAUGUUAAUUUACCUGUCUUCAACCCAAAUGUUUUCAGUGAAGACGAGGAUGAUUUACCAGUGACGGGAGCUUCUGGUGUGCCCGAGAACAGCCCGCCGUGCACAGUGAACAUCCCUAUUGCCCCCAUCCACAGCUCGGCCCAGGCUAUGUCCCCCACGCAGAGUAUAGGCUUGGUGCAGUCCCUGCUGGCCAACCAGAAUGUGCAGCUGGAUGUCCUGACCAGUCAGACCACGGCAGUGGGGACAUCGGAGCAUGGAAGUGACAGUGCCUCCCAGUACCCCGUCUCCAACCGUUACUCCAACCCUGGACAAGUGAUCUUCGGAGGUGUGGAGAUGGGCCGCAUCAUCCCGAACCCUGCUCAGCUGUCCCUGCCUCCGCCCGCGCAGGGGGCGAUCCAGCUGUCGGUGGUGGACCACGGAGACCGGGACCAUGACCACCUGCAGAAGUCGGCCAAGGCCCUGCGGCCAGUGCCGCAGCUGGCUGCCGAGGGGGACGCAGUGGUGUUCAGUGCCCCACAGGAGGUCCAGGUGGCGAAGAUGAACCCCCCACCCCCCUACCCGGGAACCAUCCCUGCUGCCCCCACCACGGCAGCGCCGCCGCCCCCGCUGCCGCCCCCGCAGCCCCCAGUGGACACGUGCCUGAAGAAGGGCGAUUUCUCGCUGUACCCCACAGCGGCACAUUACCAGACGCCCCUGGGCUAUGAGAGGAUCACCACCUUUGACAGCAGUGGCAACGUGGAGGAGGUAUGCCGGCCUCGGACGCGGAUGCUCUGCUCCCAGAACACCUACACCCUCCCCGGUCCGGGCAGUUCGGCCACGCUGAGGCUCACCGCCACCGAGAAGAAGGUCCCCCAGCCCUGCACCAGUGCGACCCUGAACCGCCUGACGGUACCACGCUAUUCCAUCCCGACAGGAGACCCACCCCCGUACCCCGAAAUCGCCGGCCCGCUCGUGCCCGGACGCGGCGCAGCCCAGAGGCCCGACAGUCUCAUCCACGCCACGCUGCGCAGGAACAACCGCGAGGUGGCGCUCAAGGCGGCGCAGCUGGCCGAGCCCCCGCGGGCCCCGCCGCAGCACCCGCCCAAGCCCAAGGGCGCGGCGCAGUUCCCGGCGCGGCCCCCGCCAGCCCUGUACACCUGCAGCCAGUGCAGCGGCGGGGGGGCGGGGGGGCGGCCGGAGCCGGGCGCUGGGGGUGCGGGCGGCGCGCAGCCAGGCUCGGGCCUGGCGCACGCCGCCAGCACCUCCCCCCUGACCUCCCAGUCGUCCUACAGCCUCCUGAGCCCGCCCGACGGCGCCCGCGAGCGCGCCGACUACGUGAACUCGGCCUUCACCGAGGAUGAGGCGCUGGCCCAGCACUGUCAGGUGGAGAAGCCCCUGAGGCACCCCGCGCUGCCCGAAGCUGCUGUGGCCAUCAAACGGCCACCUCCUUACCAGUGGGACCCCGUGCUGGGGGAGGACAUCUGGGUUCCUCAGGAAAGGACAGCACAGACUGCAGUGCCCAACCCCCUGAAACUGCCCCCUCUUAUAGUAGGUCAGAGCCAGCACCUGGACGUGUCCCGAGUGCCCUUCGUCUCCCCGAAGUCUCCGGCCAGUCCUACUGCCACUUUCCAAACAGGCUAUGGGAUGGGAAUGCCAUAUCCAGGAAGCUAUAACACACCCCCUUUGCCGGGAGUGCAGACUCCCUGCUCCCCAAAAGAUGCCCUGUCCCCCACACCGUUUGCACCACAGGAGUCCGCAGUGGUUCUGCAGCCUGCCUACCCACCCAGCCUCUCGUACUGCACCCUGCCCCCCAUGUAUCCGGGAAGCAGCACCUGCUCGAGUUUACAGCUGCCACCUAUCGCCUUGCACCCCUGGAGUUCCUAUAGCCCUUGCCCGCCUGUGCAAAACCCCCAGGGCACUCUCCCCCCCAAGGCACACCUGGUGGUAGAGAAGCCCCUCGUGUCCCCACCGCCCACCGACCUCCAAAGCCACUUGGGUACUGAGGUGAUGGUAGAGACCACAGACAACUUCCAAGAAGUCCUCUCCCUGACGGAGAGCCCAGUCCCCCAGCGGACAGAGAAGUUCGGCAAGAAGAACCGGAAGCGCCUGGACAGCCGAGCAGAGGAGGGAAAUGUUCAGGCCAUCACGGAGGGCAAAGUGAAGAAGGAGGCACGGACUUUGAGUGACUUUAAUUCCCUGAUCUCCAGCCCCCGCCUGGGGAGAGAGAAGAAGAAAGUGAAGAGUCAGAAAGACCAACUGAAGUCAAAGAAAUUGAACAAGACGAAUGAGUUCCAGGACAGCUCGGAGAGCGAGCCCGAGCUGUUCAUCAGCGGGGACGAGCUGAUGAACCAGAGCCAGGGCAGCAAGAAGGGCUGGAAGAGCAAGCGGAGCCUGAGGACGGCCAGCGAGCUGGAAGAGUUCAAGUGCCGGAAAGCCAGCGAGAAGGAGGAUGGGCGGCUGGGCAGCCAGGGCUUUGUGUAUGUCAUGGCCAACAAGCAGCCUCUGUGGAACGAAGCCACCCAGGUGUACCAGCUAGACUUCGGGGGGCGGGUGACCCAGGAGUCGGCCAAAAACUUCCAGAUUGAGCUGGAGGGGCGGCAGGUGAUGCAGUUUGGAAGGAUUGAUGGCAACGCGUACAUUCUGGACUUCCAGUACCCCUUCUCAGCUGUGCAGGCCUUCGCCGUUGCCCUGGCCAACGUGACUCAGCGCCUGAAGUGA